CCCCCACACAUACACACACACGGCACACGCACACUGCGCAACAAUAACAUCGGGCCCCAAAAAAAAGACGACGGACACUACUUCGUCGUGAAUUGUAAAAUACAAAAAAAAACGCAUUCGAACGCGCUAGUUUGUUUUUUUUCACGUGUAACUACGCCAAAAAAAGGGCAAAGGAAUUAAGCAGCAAAAAAAGGAGAAAUUCGGCGCAGCAACAACAACAAGAGCGCCGCAUAUAUGUGUGUAUGUGCAAGUGCAAGGCAAACAUAAACAACGCGCGUGUGUGUGUGUACAACGAAAAUAUUGUAUAAAUCAAAUUUAUAUAUAAUUUUUUUGUUUUUGCCAUUGUUGUAUGCCCAAUAGUGAUCACUGAAAUCUAAAGGCAAACCGAAAUAACAAAAAUUAAUUUGAGCAAUCCGAUUGCUUAGCUUUCACAAGUUGUAUAAAACAAAAAAUAAAACAAAAACGAACAAAAUAAUAGAAGAGAAGAAAAAGAAGGAGCUGAAUGCCAACCGGUAAAGAUAGCGGUAAACUGCGAGGGAGAAGGACCACAAUAACAACAACAACGCCUGCAGGGGGGACUCGGAGCAGCAGCAACAACAAAGUGCAUAUUCUUCCUUCUCCUCCGCCUCCUCUGCGGCCCCUUCCCGAUUUACGGUUAUAAUGGACACCAUCUGUAGAUUGUGCUUCCAAACGGCAACGUUAUUCCAAGUGCCCGGCUAUAGCAUACCCACGUGCGUCCGCUGCUCGGAGCAGUUGACAAAUAAUUCCAACUUCCAUCAGUCGGCGGCAGCCGCUGCCGCCGUCGCCGCCUCUGCCUCGGCCGCGGUCGCCGCCUCCGCUGCCGCGGCGGCCACCUCCUCGUCGACGGCCUCCUCCAGCGACAGCGACGCCAUCGCGCAGCAGCACCAGAACCCGCAGCAGCAGCAGCAGCAUCCAAACUCGCAACAGCAGCAGCAGCAACAGCAAAUGCAAUCAUCCAGUUCUUCCGAGAACCUACAGUCGCAGGACGACUCCGAAGACGUGGAUCUGAUAUUCAACGAGGAGGGCUCCUGCCCGCUAUGCAACAAAACGUUCUCGCGCAAAUCCUCGCUCAUGACGCACAUACGAAAUCACUCGGCGGAGCGUAAGUUUGUGUGCACCUACUGCCACAAAGGCUUCACGCAGGCGGCCAACCUGCGGAACCACGAGCGCAUCCACACGAACGACCGGCCGUAUCAGUGCGUGGACUGCGGAAAGACCUUCACGCAGAUCACCAAUCUGAACAAUCACCGCCGGCUCCACACCGGCGAACGGCCCUUCGUCUGCAAUGAGCCGGAGUGCGGUCGCAGCUUCGCCCAGGUGACGAAUCUGAACAACCACAUGAAGUCGCACCACAAGGUGCAGCAGUACUGCUGCAACGUGUGCAACAAGAAGUUCACGCAGGUGACCUCGCUGAACCAGCACCUGCAGGCGCACGCCGGGGUCACCGGCUACUACUGUCCGCGCUGCCCGGAGAAGAACUUCAAGCUGCAGUCGCAGCUGCACACGCACAUGAAGACCCACGGCCUGGCCUUUCCGUACGAGUGCGACAAGUGCGACGAGAAGUUCCUGCAGCAGGCGCACCUCGACCAGCACCUCAAGAUGCACGACGAGUUCAAGUUCAAGUGCGACAUCUGCCCGAGCAGCUUCAACCAGGAGUCGCUGCUGAAGAAGCACGUGCAGCGCCACGUCGAGGGGCGCUACCUCUCCUGCCCGGUGGCCAACUGCGCCGAGUCCUUUGCGGUGCGCCAGCACCUGUCCAAGCACCUGCUCACAAACCAUGCCCACCACGAGCUGCCGCCUCCGAAGCGCUCCAAGAAGACGGGCACGCUGCAGUCGUCGCAGCAGCCGCUGGCGAUGAUCGGCCAGCCCUUGUCCCUGCAGCACACGACGGGGCAGCGUGGGCGUCCGCCGAAGAACAAGAACAAGGCCACGGCAGCGCUGGCCGCCACGGCCAUCAAGAUCGAGAUCAACGAACCGCUCCACGGCAGCCAGCAUAUCAGCAGUGUCAGCGGCCUGUCCAUCCAGCAGCAGAUCAACCAGCACAUGCAGCAGCAGGCGGCACAGCAGCAGGCGCAGCAGCAGCAGCAGGCGCAACAGCAGGCGCAGCAGCAGCAGCAGCAGGCGCAGCAGCAACAGCAGGCGCAGCAGCAACUGCUGCACCUGCCGAUGGGUCAGGCGGUCAAGGCGCGCUUCAUACCCACUAAGUAGGCUAGUUUAGGAUGGAGGAAAGGUCUCUCUUAGCUUAAGCCCGAACGAUCAGCUGCUAAAACCCCUGAUUAGCAUAGCCAUAGCCAAAGUAGCAUCACAUUCAGCCAGCAAACACACGCGAAAUACCAUGGAAUAUGAUAUGGCGGAUGGCUCGGGAAUGCCUGGCGAUCUCUGAAUGGGUUUUGCUGUCGGAAUUGGGAAGUUAUCAUCCAAUCAGCUAGCAAAUGCUUGACCACUUUUAGUUUACCAAGGCUUGGGAACAAUUUAUUCACUAAGUUUAGGCUCAAAAUGUUUGUACCAGUGAAAGAGAAAACCUUUUUUAAUUUAAAUAUAUUAUUAUAAAAUAUAUACCUAUUCUUGGUAAAGCCUUAAAGCUUGUAAGCAAAUCGGAGCUAUAGAAACUGUAAAGCUAGUUAUACUUUCAUUUAGCAAGUUUUUGGUUUAUAAAUUCCAUUUUUUUAACCAUUUUGAAGAAUCUUACAAAUGUAUCUCGACUUCACUACUGUUUGCAUACUUAUUUUGGGACUUGACAUACAUAUUUUAGGUCAAGAAACCAAAGUUAAGUAAUAGUUUCGAUCAUGUUAUAUCCUUUUACUCGUAACAUAUGUUAAUUCCCAUGUAAGACUAUUUGAAAGGCCUAUUUUUGAGUAUUUGAAAUAAUAUUUCCAACCAGUUAGCACUCUCAAUUCCGACAAAAGACCAGUUUUGAGAUCGGCGCAGAGAUUUACCGAGCCUCCCGGAUUCAGAGUCGGCGGCAAGCUGCUGGUUCAGUUUGGUGUCUGUCUCCUCUUUUUCCUGUCUUAAAUUCUCCAGCCAAAGCAAUAGACACGCCAAAAGGCCCCCAACUGAAUCGAAAGUUAAACAGCUAUGCCUAACGUUUAGAAGCAAAAGCAGCACCAGGCGGACAGACGAACACAACUGACUCACGAUUAUGCACAUAAACGCCCACAUCUUUAUAUACAUAUAUUAUAUAAACACGAGGUCAGGUGGAGAAAUCGAAAUCUGCAACUUAAAUCGAAUUAAAAUUAAAGUUUUUAGCGCAAUGCAAAGGCACAGCGAAACGGAAAUAAAAAUGUUGAAACAGAAUCGGAAGCAAAUACAAAUUACCUACGAUUAAAAGUAAUUAUCCAUUGAGAAAGGCAACAGAAACCGGAAGUAACAAACAAAAUUCGAUUAAAUUCGGUAUGUAUUUAUGUUAAGCAUUAGCUUAAGUGUUUUUAUUUUUUUUUUUAAUAAAUCAUUACAAAAAAGAAGCAACCUAAAGAAAGGAAACAAGUUAAGCGUA